AUGCACUUGUCUCUGCAAACGCAGCAGCUGUUCUCCGCGUUUUCCGUUUGUCUCAUCACUGAACAUGGAUGUUUCAGUUCCUGCUUACGAGUAGUUUGGUGAAAGGUGGCGGCUGACUUGAGGAAUCCUGCAAGGUGUUCAUGCUGUGCAUUUGAAAAGGAGUGUUUGCAAAAGUUGAAGAAAGUUGGAGACGCGCACUGGUAGCGGGAAACACCUUGCGCUUUCGCCUCGAGACAUCUGGGAAGUGAAGUAGCCGCGGGAAGCAAAUACACGUAAUUGAAAGAAGGGCUUGCAGGUGUGAUUGGAGUGGCGAUGGAGUGGCGUCAGCAGUCUUCAGUCAGCUGUGAGCUUGCAUUCCAGGAGGCUCAAAGGUGGAUUGAGGAAGUGACUAAAAAGAGUUUUGGAAGCAAAUCUUUUCGAGUGGCUUUGGAGGAUGGAGUUCUUCUGUGCGAUCUGAUCAACACACUAAAGCCUGGCAUCAUCAAACGACUUAACAGACUCUCCACUCCUAUUGCAGGCUUGGAUAAUGUGAACGUGUUUCUCAAGGCUUGCAAGAAGCUAGGGCUCAAUGAAGCACAACUAUUCCAUCCUGGAGACCUGCAGGAUGUCUCCACACGUGUGACUGUCAGACGUGAAGAGACAAACAGAAGACUAAAAAAUGUUUUGAUAACUAUAUACUGGUUGGGGAGGAAGGCCCAGUCUGAUCCGUUUUACACCGGACCACAGUUGAACCUGAAAGCCUUUGAAGGUUUACUUGGCAUAGCAUUAUCUAAGGCUCUGGAGGAGUUGGCACAAUCCAGGUUGAGCGUGAGGGACAGUGGGUAUUCGGAAGGCUGGUUCUCUGACCGAGAGGAGCUGUACAGUGUGAAGCAGCCAAGCUACAGGAGGGAGGAUUCAGUGGAGAGCCUAGACUCAGUGGAGUCUCGUGCACUCAGCGUGGCUUCAGACCUCACUCUCAGAGCCGGCAGUGAAGGUUGCUGUAGUGACGCAGAAGCAGAGCAUUUCUUCAGGAUGGCAGAAAGCAGUAAAAGUGGUGCCCCCAUCAGAGAGAAGGCACAUGUGCCGGCUGUCCUGAGGAAGAAAAGGCAGGAUUACCAGCAGGGAAGCAGGAGUUAUGCAGGCCACCUAACCAGUGAAAGUGGGCAUGGCUUAUGCCAUGACCUCCCUCCUGCCUCUGCCUUCCUCCAAUGGGCAAGCAGUUACCAGAGUGACAGUGACUCUGACUCAGACCGGCCUGAAGCAGACCCUGAGCAGGACGACCUAGCAAGUCGCAGAUUUCGCUCCGUAACCUCUGCGGCUCCAGUGAACUUUGCAAUCCCUUCAAAGCCUCAGGGCCCCAGGGUGACCGCUUAUGUGACCCCAAAUGCUGGGAAGUCAUGGCUCACCUUGUCAGAUGCCACACGAUCGAACCAGAGUUUGUCAUCUAUUCCCUCUGAAAAUGGAAGGACAGACUCUGAUUCAGCUAAUUUGGAGGAAGAGUUUCUUCAGCGAGUCCUGAGUAAUGGCACGAGUGACUCUGAUGAGGACAGAGGAUACGCUGAUCCUGUGCUUGAUGAUCUGUAUGCACGUCGAGUGCUUGUCUCUGAGCAUCAGACCUCCAUCAAUGCAAAUUCAGAUAAGUUCCUGCCCAAAUUCUGGACCCCUGAGGAAGACCUACACGUGAGAAAGAUCAGACUAGGGUCACAGCGCAGACCAUGGUAUAAGAAAAUGCAAGGUUUAAGAAGCAAGUCCAUGGGUGACAUCACAUUGGAGCCCAUACCACAGGAAUCUGAUAACAGCUCCAGCUUUGACUCUUUGGGGCCUCUUCAUGUUCACCAGAGGUCUGACGAAGAGCUGAGCCUCGAUCCCUCAGCCUUACAGAGGGUUCAAUACGAGCAGUUGCAGCACAUCCGACAGAGAAUGAAGGAAAAUGAAGCCAAGUGGCAUGAAGAUCUGAGCAGGUGGAAGAGCCGUCGGCGGAGCGCAAACUCAGACCUGCACAAAAAGCUUGAGGAGAGAGAGCAGAUUGAACUCAUCACCACUGCAGGAGGAGCCAGCGGCAUCAGGACUGCACACCUAACUGGAGUGCCAGAGGAGAGUUCCAGCAUGCCUGGACCCAUGAGUGAUGCAGGGUCCAGUGUCAGCAGUUCCGGGUGGUCCACCUCAGCUUCAGGCCUCGCGAAUGGGGCGACUUCUGCUUUGACUCGAGGCACUGUUGUGGAGACCUCUGACUCGGCUCAAAAGUGCACUGGUGUGCUCUCGAGCCAUCCGUCAGCUGUUGUCUCUGAGCAGACUUCUCAGAGCAGCCUGACCGCCGUGGAUGCAGAAAGCGACGAGCAGCAGGGGCCAGACUUCAGCCUUCGCUCCAGUCUCCUGGAGAGCUUUUAUGCAGGUGGAGCACGCAUGUCUGCCACUCUGCCCAGAGGUUUUAGGAGAUCAGAGGGUUGCUCACGUCUCUCCACAGGCGUCACACCACGUCCGUUUGGAGCCAAACCCUCCAAGAUGCCUACCCUGCCCAAAGUUUAUUCUGUGGACGACUCGCAUAAAAGCCUGAUCAGUGGUCACAGAGACCAUUCAGCCGUCCCCUCUUUUCUGGGCGGUCAAGGGAAGGUCACAGCCUCUGCUGGCAAGGGCCACUCUCGUUCAAGCACUCAUCCAAUCAACCCUAAAGAGGAAGAGACCAGAGAUGGAAGGUCAUCAGCACCUCCAAUGAACUCUUAUGCCACUAAAGUGACCAUGACCACGUCUAUCAUCCAAACAUCUCCUCCUGCCAUCUCAGAAAUCAGGGAUGUAAAGGUGGGUCAAAGUGAAAUGCGAGUCUGCUUGAAUCAGAAGCCUAACAGCGGGAGAGACUUUGGAUUCAAGGCUCACUGGGACUCAGUUGGUGCUUAUGUUAAAUCUGUUCAAGCAGGCAGCCCAGCAGAGUUAUAUGGUCUGCUGAUGGGUGAUGAGAUUGUGGCGCUGGGAGGACGCAGGGUGGAUGAAAUGAAUUAUGAGCAGUUCAAAAGCAGCAUGGAAACAGCACAGCAAAAUGGCACUUUAUUGAUGGACAUCCGACGGCACGGCCAGAAUGACUGGGGCAGUGGCCAACCUUCCCUACCAUACCAGAGCCAUAAGAUAAUCAAUUUGACAAGUGCCACUUCAACACUUAUAGGGCGACCUGAGCACUUUGUCCCCAUCAACACAAGCUCAAACUCUUCAGUGGAGACUGUGGGGAAGACACAGGUCAACGGACAGCCUGCCAAUGGAGUACUGUCUAAAAUGAUGAAUGGAAGCAUCCAAGAUAAUGCAGCUGCUGUAAGAAACAAAGGUGGCUCGGAGUCUGACAUCUCUGAUCUUCAGGUUCCCUCCAUCAGCACCACUUCCUCCAGCUGGUCAUGGGAUCAUGAGGAGGAGAGGCGGCGACAGGAGAAAUGGCAGAUGGAACAAGAGCGCCUCCUUCAGGAAAAGUAUCGACGUGAUCAGGAAAAGCUAGAGGAGGAGUGGAGGAGAGCUCAGCAGGAAGUCUAUGGAGAAGAGUACUGUGGUCUUGAGGAGCAGAAAACCCUUGACGUGCUGUCCAAUGGAAACCCUGCCCCUCAUAAUUCACCUCCCUUCUACAACCAGUCGAGUGCCACCUUUUCAGUGACGUUUAAUGAGAAUGUGGCAGCAGCACAGAACAGACAGGCCUGUGUGCAAACAGCAGCAGGACACCAGUCAAUAAAAGCAGAAGACAAGUGUGAUUCACCCACAAAGACUCUGUGCUCAGAGGAGUCCUAUGGGUUUGCCAAGCUUACCGUUUCCGACAGGACAAAGUCAAAAUCUACUCCUGCACUUGAAGCCCUUCACAAACAAGACGCUAAAGAAGGCUGCAGUAAGAAGAAGGGACAGCUGUCGCAGGCAGAGAAGGAGCGUCUGCAGAUCCUGGAUGAGAUGAGGAAGAAGACGCCACUCCACACCGACAGCAGCUGGAUUCGACAGCGCAACGCCAGCAUCAACAAAGAGACCAUCACUGUGGGCACAUCAAUCAGGAGAUAUGAAUCUAUGGACAAUCUCCACACAACUAACUCGUGGUCCAGGCAGUCGUACACUUCCGGUUUGUCCAGCAGACCUCAUUCUGCAUUAGGAAGCAGUGGCUCUUACAGAAGUGGACGCAGCAGCCUGGGCCCCGGAUCAGCCAUCUUCUCUACUGGAGUAAAACUGAACUCAAACACAACUACUCCUGAACCGCCGGGCCUCGAGUCCCGUCCAAACUCUCAGCAGCAGGGCAGGCUGGUCAGUGGCAGGCGGAUGUGCUCGAGGUGCGAGCAGCCGCUGGGGAAGGGAGCUGCCAUGGUCAUCGAUUCCCUGGAGCUCUGCUUUCACAUUGGCUGCUUCAAGUGUGUCAGCUGCAGGACUGAGCUUGGUCGAGGGCCUGAAUCCGGAGCUCAGGUCAGAGUCCGACACAGACAGCUCUUCUGUAACACCUGCUACUGCAGAAUCAGAGUCUGUUCCUCAAUCUCCAAGUGACCAGAAUGCAUUGCAACAGAUCGAAGAGGAGGAGCGCACCACAGAAACAGCCACAGGAAUCGCAACUAUUAACACAACCUAACCACUGAGACUGGCUUUCUAUCCACAGCUUCCACAAUCAAUACACUGAGACUGCUAUUUCUGUGAUUGUUCCCAUAGUAUGACCUCUACGUAGUGAAGAGUUCCGACAUGUUUGAUCAUUGCUGAAACCCCUGAGGUUGUUUCUGUACUGACUGACAUCCACAUAGUAAGAUGCAAUACUGAGCGUUUAUGCAUUCCAUGUGGCAAGUAAUAACAUGUCUACUGUCUCUCUAAGAACUGUUUUAUAUGCUGUUUUUCAUGCUGAAAACUAAUUUGUCUAACAUAUACAGUAUGACUUAAACUUCUUCUUCCUUUAAUAUAGGCUUUCCUCAGAAUUAUUUAAUAAAUGUUGUAGCACACUUUGUUUGGUAA